AUGGCUGACAAUGCAGAACCGCCCAGGCGUUCCCCCAGUGCCCCCUCAGCUGCACCCCUCCAGUAUCCGACCUUCCCACCAGUAUCUGCCUCCGUCCAGGAGUGGCUUUCUCACUCGCGUCCGGCCGUCAUAAUGCCGCAAGACCAGUCUCCGCCACUGGCAGCCGGAUCGCUUGGCGAUAGCUGGGCAGACCUCAGCGUAUCUGAUAUACAUUCAGAAGACGGGAGCCGCUCCGAACAUACUGACACGGGAUCCUUGAUCGACCAGACUACACCCGACGAUGUAGCAAGUCUGGAUGAGCGAUAUAACAGCAGUGAGGUCGGUGGCCCCGACGACGAGUCAAUCCAAGGGGAUAAGGAAGAGGAGGAAGAUGACGAGGAAGAUACACUGGAAGCAGCCGAAGCCGGUCUCCGGCAUUCGACAACUUCAGAGCAAUCUCUACAUCAUUUUGCUGAGGGUGACAACACGAUCGACAACAGCAGCUUGACUACCCGCCCUGCGUGCCGCCAGUCUAUCGGUUCGAUCGAGUUUGUGGAGCCAGAGAAGUGGCCAGAGAGGGAGCGAGUCGAACUGAAACAUACAAUUCACGUCCUGAGCGAAGCCGAAGCAGCCCAACUGAAGGACACUUUGCCAUACAGUGUCAAGGACGCUCUUCUUUUGACCACAGUGCAGCAAACCAUGACAAAGGGAAGCCUGGAUCUGGAUAAGCCAUAUCGCGUGCUGUACACGGGCCAGCCGGACUCGCGAAACAUCAUCCUUGACAAGAUUGGCGAUGUGUUGGUGUCUAGCUCAACCGGCGGCUCACCAGCAAGUUCCGCCAAUUCUUCCCGAUACCACGUGGUACCCACAUCCUUUGGGGCUGGGGCAGUACCCAACUUCGCAGAACUGCUUCCCAUCCAUGUCCAGCUAGUUGUGGACGAGUGCAGGGAAGCAAGUGCUGAGCCUCACGAAGCCCGCCGGGACACCUUACACCUGGACUUCAAGAACCGCCCAUCUUGUCGUUCAUGGUGGAACGGCGAGCGCUAUCAGGUAUCUUCUGCAUCGGAAUGGACCCUGCCAGACAUGGCCAUUAUAUUCGUUUCCGAUAGGGACAGUCCGGCUCUCGUGCAGUCGCAGCACUGCGUUCAUGCCUUCCUGGAGAGACACGGUAUCCCUGUCAUGUUUAUCUCAGAACAACCGCUCUGGAAGCGAGCGAGUGAGCUCAUCCCACUCAACCAAAAUAGUCUUCAUAUGUGCCUGGAGUCUCGACAUCCACGGACAGGAGAAACAGCUGUGCUGCGUCGGUACCCCAUUGAUCUGGCGACGUUUGAGAGCAUCACGCCUGGUCAACUCAAUCGCAACUUGGCUUCACUUGUGGAUCUUUAUCCCAAGGAGAUAUGCAAAGUCGCUGCUGAUUCUCCCAAGGCCGCAGAGAUGUACUCUUCCACGGACCCUGAGAAAUACCCUCGUCAUUGGAUCCCGCCACCGAGCACACGGAAGACUCGCGAACUUGGCCCCACACUUCGUCUGGUCACACUAGCGCUGGUUUCAGUAAUUGCCAUCUCUAUUGGAUAUGCAGCACUGAAUACAGCAAUCUUGGGGAUGUCCCAGUGGAUGUCCGGGCCGGUAGCAUUCGAGAGCCUCUCCACACCCGACGAUCUCCUAUUGCCUUCUUCUGUCGUGGUAUCAAAGGUUGUCACUACUUCCUCUCCUGUCUGGGGCGCUUGUCAGUCGGGAUGUUCUUCGAGUAACCCGGUGGCGCGCGUUGGUCACAGUACCAACUCGAUCAAUUCCAACCAAAAUCUGCCUCAAGCAGCAGACCUGUUUGAAAUUCGGAUUGUUGGUGAUUGCCAUGUGGUGAUCAAACCUCAUCCCGGUUUUUUCAAUGCUCGUAAGGCUCCACUGUUCGACAUGCGUGUCCAACGACAGGGCGAAAGUCUUGCUUAUGAGAUCUCCAAGCUUUUUGAUGGGGUUUACACACUUCGGCUGGACCGAGAGGAUGCGUAUGGCCUGCUGAAUAUUACCGUUUGGACCACGUCAAAAACUCCUUUCAAACAGGUGACCAUGGUCGACUUUGGUACCCCGUGGUUGAAAGCUGCAAGCUGGAGAUGGGCGGCGCACAAAAUCUCUUCGCAAUUGACCAAAGAUUUGCAAAUUGCUCAAACUAGCCUUGCUGAAGUGUGCGGCCGAGUCUCUACUGACUUGCAAGUCAGAGUGGGCGAUUUGGUCCAACGAGCCCAUUUCCUCCAUCAGAAUGCUUUGCGAGAUCGGAGCCUGCUCGCUCGAGAAACUGUGCUGUCUAGGUCUAAGCAGCUGUCCGAGGUCGUUUCUCGCAAUGCACUUGAACAAUUCCGUGCCGUCUCUUCCCUGGUGCAUAGUCGCUCCGUCCACGUGAAUCAGGAGGCCAAGGGUCUGAUCAGUGGUGCGUGGAAUCGCCUGGGGGACAGUGUUGUCCGCAUUGACCUGCGUUCCAUGAUUGAUCGAGUGCGGAGUGCCCAAAGAGCCACGCUGGACCGGGCUCAGGCGCGAGCACGCCGCUUUGUGGGUCGCCGGGAUUAUGAUGAUUGA